AUGAAUGUAACAAAGAAUUUUUCGGAAACAAUGAGGCGGCAGGGGCAGUAUGGUGAUGCAUCUGCGAAUAGUUAUGGAGCUUCGCAGAUGCAUCAUCAUCAUCUUCAUAUGGCUGGUCAAAGGGUGGAGACUAAGUCUGGUAAUUUUGAAGGGCGGCUAGAGGCAUUCACUCCAGAGAGAGAUAAUCAGUAUCCGAAUUCUAAGCCAGAGGGUCAGUGGAGAUGGGAAUUGGAUGAAUCGAAGAUGUCUAGUAAUCCUAUGAUGUCGAACAUGUUUAAUGAAGGUCAAGAGGGUGGUGAUGCUUCAAGGUCCUAUUUUCAAGGGCAGAGGCCUGAUCCUAAAUUAGCUUUGCAGAACCGGAGCAACAGUGAUUCCAGAUCUCAGGCCCAUGGAGAAGAUAUAGAUGUUAGGUAUGAAGGAAAUCAUUCAUCACAAACUUUUGAGGGUCUUGAGCAGAAUUUUCAUGAUGACAUUAUUAAACUGACUAAAGAACAGCAGGAUGUUGAAGAUGCAGAACAUGCCAGGCACAGAGAGAAAAUAAACACAAUCAAUACUCAAUAUGAAGAAAAACUGGAAGCACUCCGAGCUCGGCAUGGAAACCGCAGGGCUGAAUUUCUUCAAAGGGAAUCACUUGCUAGACAACAGCAGUAUGAGCAAAUCAUCCGGGAUCCUUACUCUUCCAGCAGUGGCAUGACACCCAGAGACUCUCAUGCUCACAGCAAUGUUAAUGCUCCAGCUUCUGGUGGAGAACCCCAACGAGGCUAUUCCGCUGAUCACUUUGAUCCCUACAGAGAGCAAUCUCGAUUUCUUGGGAAUGCAAGAGAUCAAGGAUUUGAACCUAGAGGUCCUUAUCCUGGGGGACGUGUCUAUGACACCGGUUCACGUUACUACAACUGA